AUGAAACAGCAGCCGGAUGGUUCCAGUGUUGAUGAAAACUGCGUGGAAGUUCGGAACAUUCCGGCGUACCAGUGGAACUGGGCUUGGAACGACUUGGACUGCAGAAAGAUGCGAUAUUUUGUAUGUGAAUUUACGGAGAGUGUGAACCAGAUUAGCACUUACUCGACACCUCCUACAACCUGUCAUGACGCUGUUUCGGUUGCUUCUGGUGGCGUCAUUCGGCGGGUUGGCGGCAUCUGUUUUCUACAUCGACGUCGAGGAUGGACGACUCACUACCGUAAGUUGAAGGAAUUACGCAGUUGUUACAAUGUAGUUGAGCUAGUUUGGAUUGAUUUGCAGCCACAAAUCACUGUCAAGUACGGUUACCGGACGGAGACCCAUAAGGUUGAGACGUAUGACGGAUUCUUUGUGGUGAUGCAUCGGAUUAGGGGAUCUCCGUCGAAGGGACCGUUUGAUGCGAGGAAACCUCCGGUUUUGUUGAUGCACGGAUUGUUGGGAUCUUCGGGGGAUUGGAUUAUGAUCGGACCUAAGAAUGCUUUGCCAUAUCUUUUGGCGGAUCAAGGGUAUGACGUUUGGCUGGGAAAUGCUCGAGGAAAUCGGUACAGCGGCGAACAUGCUUAUCUUACUGAUGAUAUGCGAGAGUAUUGGGACUUUUCGUGGCAUGAGAUUGGAAUCUACGACGUUCCGACUAUGGUCGACCAUGUGUUGAAGACGAGAAAGGUCAAACAACUUCACUAUGUGGGACACUCCCAAGGGACGACGUCGUUCCUAGUGAUGACGUCUAUGAUGCCGGAAUAUAACAAAAAGAUCAUCAAAAUGCACGCUCUAGCUCCUGCGGCUUAUCUGUACCAUUUGAACAAUCCAGCUAUGAGAUUCCUGGCAACACAUAUGAUUACGGCCACGAACAUCGCUAAUGCGUUCGGUGUCAACCAACUGCUUCCUUCGAAUCCAUUGUUUCACCAGCUGGCCAGAGUCUUCUGUCCGAACUACUUCAACUUUUUCCGGUUUUGCAUAAACAGCAUGUUCCUGAUUUCGGCCGGUGAGUAUCACAGCCUCGACCCCAACCUGAUUCCCGUCCUGGCUGGACACAUUCCGGCCGGAGCAUCCGCCAAGCAGUUUAUACACUACGGCCAGGAAGUCUUGUCGGGACACUUUCGUCAGUUCGACUACGGUCCGGGAAAUAACACCGAGAUCUACCAGGCAGCGGAUCCACCGGAUUACAAUCUGACCAACGUUCGCGCUCCGGUUGCCAUCUAUUAUGGGUUGAGCGAUCAGCUUACCCAUCCGGAGGACGUUGGAAGACUCGCUCAGGAGCUGCCGAACGUUGUUGCUAUGAAUCAGUUGCCGAAUGCCAGCUUCAAUCAUAUGGACUUUCUGGUGGCUGCAAACGUCAGGAGUGUGCUGUAUGAAAAUAUUAUUGCUAGUAUCAUAGAAGAUGACCGUAAAAGAAGUUAAUAUUUCUAUAGCUUUUGUAAAAAAAAAUAUGAUAAUGAAAUCUCAAGUAAUUACA